GCGGGCGGGAUGAGCGAGAGAAGCCCCCAUGACCCCCCCUCCGCGGCGGAGACCCCCGGUGGGCAGCAGCAAGCCAAGGCCGGUGACCCCAAGAAGGAGGAGGAAGAGGAGGAGGAGGAGAUCGACAUCGACCUGAGCGCGCCCGAGACGGAGCGCGCGGCGCUCGCCGUCCAGGAGAAAUUCCGAAAAUUCCAGAGGCGGAAAAAGGAGCCGGGGCCCUGAGGGGGGUCCCGAGACCCCCAACACUCGUGGGGACCCCCCCCUGUCCCGAGCCGGGACCCCGAGUGACACCGGGGGGUGACACAGCCGGGUGGCCCUCGUGCGAGGGGGCGGCACGGAGCCCCCCAUUUUCCACAAGAAUUCCCAAUUUUCCACGAGAAUUUCCCUCAUUUUCCACGAGAAUAUUCCCCAUUUUCCACAAGAAUUCCCAAUUUUCCACGAGAAUUUCCCCAUUUUCCAUGAGAAUUCCCCCAUUUUCCAUGAGAAUUCCCCCAUUUUCCAUGAGAAUUCCCCCAUUUUCCACAAGAAUUCCCCAUUUUCCACGAGAAUUUCCCCAUUUUCCACGAGAAUUUCCCCAUUUUCC